AUGCACGCCGUACACGUGACGCUCAUCAAGGCCGUCGACCUUCCAUCUGCCGACUUCAACGGCAAGAGCGACCCCUACGUCGUUUUCCAGCUCGCCAAUACCGUGCACAAGAGCUCCACGAUCCCCGCCACGCUCAACCCCGAGUGGGACCCGGAAGAGACGUUCGCCUUCAUUGCCGACGACGCCACGACUGCCGUGCUGAGUGUCCAGGUCUUUGACCACGACCGCAUCUCGAAAGACGAUAAAAUCGCCUUUUGCACGGUGCCGCUCGUGGACUUUGUGGCCAAAGCCGAGUCGGAAGUGCGCAUGAUCGAGCUCGAGACGCCGGCUACUUUUAUGAAACAGAAGCGCAAGAGCGCGAUUAUGCUCGAGAUCAAGCUCGAAAAAGAAGAUUAA